AUGGAGCAGCAAAGAAGUUUUGAGGAUGCUGCUUUUGAGUUGUUCAAAAACCUUUGUCCUCAGAGAAAUUUCAAACGGGAUGAGAUACCGUAUCAGACAGUUAAAGAAAUCGUCGAAAAGCAUCUCAGUAAUAUGGAUCCAGAGAAAAGACAAAUUUUGGAGGCUCGUUUGAGAGGUGAAACUGAACAGGGGCCAAGUGAAACUAAUUCAAAAAUCGAUAGCCGAGGAUCGUCUCCAAGCAAACCAAAAUCAGUAUCAGAAUAUCGAAAUCUUCUUGUUGCGGAUAGGCAUCAUUUGCUUCCUAAAUUGGAAGACUUCAGUGAAGCUCAGAAAAUUCAUCUGAAAUAUCCAAAGAAUAUACGGAAAUUUGUGCGAGCACGCACAGAACGUAGAUUAGCUUCAGAAUCGAAUGAUUAUGUCAAUAUAGUUUGUGAUGAAAAGAAACUGCCGGAAGUCUUUCUACCUAUCUACGACCAGAUUUUGCGAAAGCGAAAGAAGUCGUUACAAUGUUAUAAUAUGAUUAUUAAUACUUUGCAUCAUUAUUUUAUGCGUAUAACUUGGUCGGAUCUUGUUUCGGAUUUGGUAAACGAGUUUAUUGAAAAACAUAUCAUACUUACAUGUGAUGAUUUAACAACGAAAUAUGAUCGUGAAGAAAGAGCGGUAGAUAUCUACGAGCGUCUUCGUGAGUAUGAGUUAAUGGUACUUCUCGAACUUCAUUUGAUCAAAAAACAUCCAGAAAAGAUCGAGGAAACUGAAGUUGUAAACAAGUUGGGUUUUCUGGUAUUUGUUGCUGACUCAGUCCAUAUGAAAAAUUUUCUUGAUGAAAUUGUUUGUGAUCAGUAG